AUGCCAACCUACGCAGAACUUAUCCAGGAAAUUUUUCACGAAGUCAACCAAGCUCGCACAAACCCUCAUGGGUUUGCAGAUAGCCUAGAAAGCACGCUAAAUCAAUAUAAAUCCAACAACGCCAAACAUCGCCCAGGCGCGGUUCCUAUUGUAACACGUGAAGGUAUUAAUGCUGCUCUUGAGGCAAUUCAAGCUUUGCGGGCAGCUGAGCCAAUCCAAGCUUUAACCUGGUCAGAAGGUCUUGGCAGAGCAGCUCAAGCUCACUGUAAUGACACUGGCUCAUUAGGAAUUGUAGGCCAUAUUGGUUCAAAAGAGAAUACUCUUCAAGAUCGCUUACUUCGCCAAUUUAUUCAAUGGGAUUUUAUUUAUGAUAAAAGUGGUUAAUUUUUUAAAAAAAAAUAAAUUCAAAAAAAAAUAUUUUUAAAAAAAAAUUCAUAGAGGAAGUCAGAAUAUUUUGGUCGCUGGAGUGAAUGCAUAGCUGAAGCUCUUGAUUAUGGCUCAGUCGAUGCUUUUGAAACAGUCUGCACUUUCUUAAUUGACGAUGGGCUGUCAACUCGUCCUCACAGAAAUGCGCUUCUUAAUCCAAGAUUCAAUAAGGUAGGUAUUGGCGCUGCUCCUCAUACUGAAUAUAAGACUGUGAUUAGCUUGGUCUUAGCUGGAGGAUUUAAAGAUAAAGACGAAUUAGAGCAUGUCGAAGUCCCUGAAGGAGAUCUUAAGCCUGUCGCAGAAGUUGAAGAAUGGCUUGAUGGAGCUGUUAAGCUGACUUGUGAGAUUAGAACUGAAACUGAAGGAGGGAAAACAGUGAAAAAAGUGAAAAAGUACUGGGAAAUGAGUGACGGGUCUACUCAAAUAACUGAGGCAACUUUAGAGCAGAAAGAAGAAGCUUAA